CGACAUCGACACCGGCUCUGACGCGGCCACCACCACCGCCUACAGUCACGAGCCGGGCGAGCAGCGCGCCGUGUCGGGCGCGUGCUACGGCGGCAGCGAGGUGCUGCUCGUGGUGGCCGCUACCUGCGCCGUCAACCUCACCUUCAUGCUCGCCGUGCUGGCCAUCGUCCUCGCCUGCAACAGGCACUCCAAGCCAGACCCCGAUUGGAACGCCGCCAGGGGCAGCCCGCCGCCGGUGGCGGUGAAGGGCGGCGGCGAGCGCGCGGGCGACCGCAGCUGCUCGUACAGCAGCGUGCAGCAGUACGUGGACUCGCUGCCCGUGGAGCUGGACGCGCCCGGCUCGCUGCUAAGCCUGCACUCGCUGAGCCGCGACCGCGCCGCCUCCGCCGCGCCCUCCGCCCACAGCGGCAGCCCCCGCACCGCCGCCGCCUCCGCCGGGGGGCCCGCCGCCAGCUUCUCCAUGGAGGACCUGCUCUUCCUCGACUGAGCUGCUUCUGCCGUCCGCCGCUGCCGCUGCCACUGCUGCUGCCGCCACCGCCGCUCCUCCCUCUCCACUUUGCUUUGCCACCAUAUUCGCUACCACUGGUUCCCUGUUGUACCAUUUUCCGCUCGUGUACGAAGUACUUGUUCCUGUUUACUACGCCUCCUUUUUCUCUUAGCCCACGUAAUUUAGCGUGCACGGAAGAAGAAUAAAUGCUGAAAGCGAUUUUUCUUUCGGAAAGCUUACAGAAUUUGUUUGUUCGAACAGUAAAUAUACCUUGAGAAUUCUGCUUUGAGCAAAAUACAGUAUUUGUUUUUCUUUCCAUACCUAUACACAUUUCGGUGGUAUUGCACCGUGCUCAGUGAGGAGCUCUGUAUUUUACUUAAGAGAGCAUUUUGUUCACAUCCAGAUAAUUACUCUGCAGUUCACACUUACGUAUUUGGCAGAGGAUGCAUACAAACAUUGACCGAAAAGUACAUUCGUCGACUUUACGGUCAACUAAUAAGCCUGGAAAAACUAAAGAAUCACAUACAUCGACAUGUCUCCACCGUCCUAUUCCGUUCUGUUUCUUCCGUUACUGUACUGAAGUAGACAAACAGCGACAAGGCAACAUUAACAACAGGCCAUGUGAAAUCGGAAUUAAAACUCGAGCCUUUUCCAGUUCAUAGCGGAAUUGGUACAUCAACCAGUAUAUCGGUAUGAAGAAACAAACAGUCUUGGUUACAAUGUUGAUUUUUUUAAUUAUUUCCCAAUGACGUGUUUCACCUUCAUUUAGGCAUCUCCAGAUUGGCCGAUAUUUGGCAACAAUGGGUGGGAUGCCACGCACAAAAUAUCCCAGCGGGUAAAUGCCCAAGCCUUAAAAACACUGCACGACGUCCUUAUAACGGGCUGUGGUGCAGUCUAAUGCAAACCGAAAGGCGUCAGGCCUACAGUAAAGCUUUACAUCAUAAACAUGCCGGAGGUGCAGUUCAUAUUUUGGUCGCACACAUCAUACUUGUUUAAAACCAGUUUACAUCCAGUGUGAUGUGAGCAACCAGAAGAUGCUCUACGCCGCCGGUGUAUUUAUAAUGUAAAAUUUUACUGUAGACCUUGUCGCAUUUUGUUUGCGUUGGAGUAGACCACAUGCCUUAAUACGGACACCACGUAGUGUUUUCAAAGCUUGGGGAUUUACUUGCUGGGAUAUUUUAUGCGCAGUAGCCCACGUACUCAGCGCUACCAAAUGUCAGCCAAGCCGAAGAUGAAACCCAUCAUUGGGAAAUAGUAAAACAUUUAAACACUGCAACCAGGACGGCUUGUUUUUCCAUAUUAAAAAUUGAGGCUUCGAAUGUACACACAAUCUUUCUCGUCAGCGG